AUGAAGGUCACCAAUAUCGCUCUGGCUAGUGCUGCCAUCGGUCUUUCUACGGCCAGCCCAGUCACCAAGCGUGCAAUCAGUGAUGCUGAUAUCCUUAACUACGCGCUGACACUUGAGCAUCUUGAGGCCUCCUUUUACCAGGAAGGUCUCAUGAACUACACUCAAGCAGACUUUGUGAACGCUGGCUUCAAGGAUCCCUUCUAUGCCAAUCUCAAGGAAGUUGCUUCCGAUGAGCUGACCCACGAGAGCUUUCUGACCCAAGCCCUGUCUGCCGCCGGUGCAUCCCCAGUCGCGCGUUGCAACUACUCGUUCCCAUCAACCGAUGUGAAGAGCUUCCUGGCCGUUGCCAGCGUCGGAGUCAGUGCUUACCUCGGUGCCGCCAGCAGCAUCAUGAACGAUACCUACCUCACUGCCGCAGGUAGCAUCCUGACCGUCGAAGCACGACACAGCGCAUACUUACGCGCUGCAUUGGGCGAGAAGCCAUUCGCCCAGCCCUUCGACACCCCCCUCGACUUCAACGAAGUUUACACACUUGCCGCGCCCUUCAUCACUGCUUGCCCAUCCAGCAAUGGAAAGCUUCCAGUGAUGGCAUUUCCUUCUCUUACAAUGAGCUCCAUGAAGACGCUGAUGGCCGGAUCAACCGUCCAGCUUACAGCCGGAAGUGGUUUCAACACCUCCGAUACCAGCAGCUUGUACGCUGCUUUCAUCACCGUCACUGGCCCCGUUUGGGCUCCAUUGAAUUCCAGUGGUGAUGGCAUGUUCACUGUCACCAUCCCUAAUGGAGUUGCUGGACAGAGCUACGUUGUUCUUACUAAGGGAAACACCAUGGCAACUGACGAUAACAUCGUUGCGGGCCCUGCUAUCGUCGAGAUUGGAAUGGCUAUGAGUGGUAUGGGUAUGUCUAUGUCCUCACCAUCGAUGACUGGUGCGAUGAGCAGCACUUCGGCUACAGCCCCGGCCUCUUCAUCCCCAAUGUACAAUGCUGCAGUCCAGAGCAUGUCUGGUAAUAUGUUUGGUGUCUUGAGUGCGGUCGUACUCGUUGCUGUUGCGGUUGUUUAA